AGUCUCCAUUGAGGUUGGUCGUACGAGUAGGAGUAUCCGAUGGCUACCGCGCCUAGUGCGAUUCCCUGGAAGGUGUUAGUUCAUUGAGCUUUGCUACGCUAGAUACUACUGACUGCAAAGACUGCUGCUCUCGACGACAUCUCUUCUUCUCUAGUACGCUGCUCCAGUAGGCUCUCCAGUGACAAGUGAUGCCAAUCCCACCCUUUCUUGCUGCUGCUCCACACUCCACGUGACUCGCUCGCUGACGACAUCGAAAACCCAUCUGAGAGACCACUACGCUAUACACCGUGAUAGAUAGACUAGGCACCUCUAGCUGCCAUGAGCCUAGACAAGACUGUCAAAUAUGACAGGCAGCUGCGCCUUUGGGCUGCGAACGGUCAGGCAGCUCUAGAGAACGCCAGAAUUGCACUUGUCGGCGGUAAAGCUGCUGGUGCUGAAACGCUCAAGAAUCUCGUCUUGCCGGGUAUCGGCAGCUUCACUGUACUAGAUCAUCGUGCUGUCACGCCUCAAGAUGCCGGCUGCAAUUUCUUUGUGACAAUGGAUGAUGUUGGCAGACCGCGUGCUCAAGUCGUUGCAGGCCUUCUGCAAGAGCUCAAUGCAGAUGUACAAGGCACACAUCGGUCAGUGAAUGUUACUGCUGAGCUGACAAAGACGCCAGACUACUUUGUAAAUGACUUUGACCUGGUCAUUGUAGCUCAGCUCGACCCUACAAGCUUGCGCAUACUUGCGUCUAGUCUCUGGCAGGCCAACAUUCCGCUGGUCGUCGUUAAUAGUAUCGGCUUCAUGGGUAUCCUACGGAUAGCGGUGCCUGAGCAUUGUAUUGUCGAAACGCAUCCCGACGCUAUCGUUGAUUUGCGUCUCGAUGUUCCCUGGCCUGAACUCUCCGCUUUUGCUUCUUCCAUGGACCUACAAGCAAUGGACAACAAUGAACACACGCACGUUCCAUAUAUCGCUCUCUUGCUUCGAUACCUAGAAGAGUGGAAAGAUACGCACAAUGGCCUCGUACCCAGCAACUUUGACGAAAAGGAUGCCUUCAAAAAGCUCAUUCGCUCGGGAAUGCGUAAUGUGGAUGAAGACAACUUUGAUGAAGCUGUGGCUAAUGUCUGGCGCGCAUGCGGCAAAACCCAUAUCCCUUCAGACAUCCACAAAUUGUUUGACGACGACGCCUGCGUACACCUGACGGCAACAUCUAAUGACUUUUGGCUCAUGACGCGCGCCGUGUCAGACUUCACAAAAGCAGAAGGAAACGGUUUGCUGCCACUUGCUGGAAUUGUACCAGACAUGAAGUCAGAUACCACACGUUUCAUUCAAUUACAAAUGUUGUACCGCGCAAAAGCGAGUCAGGACGUUGCGGCGGUCCGUACACACCUUGAGCGACAUUGCAAAGAGCUUGGGCGAAAUGUUCCGUCGCAAGCGGACCUGGAGACCUUUUGCAAACACGCUGCAUACCUCAAGGUCAUUCGCUAUCGUUCAAUUGAGCAAGAAUUCGAUCGACCCAAAAGAAAUUUGUGGGACGAAGAGUCUUUGCUGGCUUGGUACGUGGCACAUGCUGCAGCUCAAUCGUUCGAGUCAACAUACGGUCGGGUCCCCGGCUCAGACAUGGCUGACCACGAUGAUCACGAGGCACUAUAUGAACUAGCUUGCAAGCAUCCUUUGGUCAGUGAUCAGUCGAGCGACUGGCUUCGCAAGGUCUGUCACGAGUAUGCACGCUGCGGCGGAGGCACACUACACAAUAUCGCCUCAUUUAUGGGUGGCCUUGCAUCACAAGAGGUCAUCAAGCUCUUGACGCGACAAUACAUUCCAGUCAACAACACCUGCAUCUUUGACGGCAUCUCCAGUACAUCGCAAGUCUUUGAGCUAUAGCAUAGACUACACAUUUGAUGAAGCAUUCGCCUCUGCCAUAAUGGCAACACUAGCCGAUGCGCCAAUUCGUGAAGCGCCUGCAUCCACCAUGGCUUGUGCAUCCUUGAAGGUACGAAUACCACCACUCGCCUUGACGCCCAUCUCUUUGCCCACUUCCUCACGCAUAAGUUUGGUGUCUGCUACCGUUGCACCUGACUUUGAGAAACCUGUGGAGGUCUUGACAAACGCCGCGCCUGCCUUCUUGCAAAGCUUGCACGCUGUCCGUUUUUGCUCAUCCGUCAGCAAGCAUGUCUCGAGGAUGACUUUGACUGGUAUAUUUCCUGCUGCUUGGACAACUGCGUGGAUGUCUUUCUCGACGUGCUCGACCUCUCCGUCUUUCAGGGCUCCAACGUCAAUGACCAUGUCAAU